GCAGCUCAAGCGUUGUUGCGGCUGAUGGGCAAGUCCUUGCUGGGGAACCAUGCAGAGACCCCAGGGGCUUGAGCCUUGAUCCUUUCUGAUUCGACGCCACCAAACACCUCCUGAGCUGGACAGUCACAGACUCCGGGGGCGAGGGAGAUCAACGCCUGGGUGGGGAGAUGAGGACGCAACCAGAGAAGGGGUGGCAUUUGGAGGUUUUCUAAAAAGAGGGUCCUGCCCCUCAUUUCCUUUAGCUCCUCCCGGUCCCCUCCAUCGUCUCCAAAUAUUAGGGGAAUUCUCUGCCUCUUUGCCUCUCUCUAUGAGAGUGAAGCCCCCAACAUGCAGCUCCCUGCCCUGAAGCCCUGGGUUCCUGUCCUCCUGACUGAUCUGACUUUGCUGUGGUUGCUGCAGGAACUCGAAUGCUCCCUAUUCCUUCCAGGGCUCUCUGGGCUCUGGCUGGAGGGGGCCUUUCGAAUGGGGGUGCUGUGGGGAGUUCUAAGUCUAUUGGGGGAGCUUGGGAAGGUUGGGGAAUUACUGCCUACCUUGUGCCUGAGCAUCCCCCUGUUCCUGUCCCUGAGGACCCUGGUUCCAGGGGCCUUGAAUGCCCCACCUGUGCUCCUAGCCUCAGCCCCAUGGACCUGGAUGCUGGUGGCUUAUGGAGGAGUGGGACUGGGCUGGGCUGUGUGGGAGGUUCUGAGCCCCUCAGAACCCCUUCUCUUAGCACAGGAGAAGGAGCAAGGCCAGAAAAACAAAGCCAUGAUGUGGAGGCUGCUGAGGCUGUCCUGGCCAGACUUGCCCUUCCUUGUUGCAGCAUUCAUCUUCUUGACUGUUGCAGUCAUAGGUGAGACGUUCAUCCCCCACUAUACCGGUCGUGUGAUUGACAUCCUGGGCCAGGACUUUGACUCUGAUACCUUUGUCACUGCCAUCUUCUUCAUGUGCCUCUUCUCCCUUGGAAGCUUAUUCUUUGCAGGCUGUCGAGGAUACCUCUUCACCAUUGUCCUCUCCCGAAUCAACCUUCGCAUUCGGCGUCUGCUCUUUUCCUCCCUGCUGCGCCAAGACCUUAGUUUCUUCCAGAAGAACAAGACAGGGGAGUUAAACUCACGCCUGAGCUCUGACACUAUCCUAAUGAGUCGCUGGCUCCCUGGCAAUGCCAAUGUGCUCAUUCAGAACUUGAUGAAGGUCAUGGGGCAAUACAUCUUCAUGCUCAACCUCUCACCUUGGCUCACCCUCCUUUCCCUGUUUGAGAUACCCCUCUUAAUGGCUGCUGAGAAGGUCUUUAAUGCCAGACAUCAGGCAAUACUCCGUAGGAUGCAAGAUACAGUAGCAACGGCUAGACAGGUGGUGCAGGAGGCAGUGGGAAACUUGAUAACUGUGAGGAGUUUGGGGGCAGAGGAGGAUGAGGCCCAGCGCUAUAAGGAGGCCCUGGAGCAUAGACGGAAACUACAGUGGCGCCAGGACAUGGAAUAUGGAGUGUAUGUGCUCUUCAAGCAGGGACUUCAACUAGGGAUGCAUAUAUUGAUAUUGAAUUGUGGGCUAAGGCAGAUGCUGGCUGGAGAGCUCACAACAGGGGCCCUGCUCUCUUUCCUGCUUUAUCAGAAGGAUGUUGGGAGAUGUGUGAAGAGCCUGUUGCAUGUCUGUGGAGAUACGGUGAGCAAAGUUGGAGCUGCCGAGAAGGUGUUCCAGUACCUCGACUGUGAGCCACAGAUGUCCCCCAAUGGAAUGCUUGCUCCUUCUACUCUGCAGGGCUUUGUAGAAUUCCAAGAAGUCUCUUUUGCCUAUCCUACCAACCCAAAAAACUUUGUUCUCAAGGGAGUCACAUUCACUCUGCACCCUGGGAAGGUGACAGCCCUAGUGGGGCCCAAUGGGGCUGGGAAGAGCACAGUGGCUGCAUUGCUACAGAAUCUGUAUCAGCCCACAGGGGGCCGGCUGCUGCUGGAUGGGAAGCCCCUGCCACAGUAUCAACACCAGUACCUCCACUCACAGGUGUCUGUGGUUGAGCAGGAGCCUGUGCUGUUCUCAGGGUCAGUGAGGGACAACAUUGUUUAUGGGCUGGAGAGCUGUGGGGAUGAUGAGGUGAAGGCUGCUGCCCAGGCAGCCCAUGCUGAUGGAUUCAUUGCCAACAUGGAGCAUGGGCUGAACACAGCUGUUGGGGAGAAGGGGAACCAGUUGUCUGCAGGACAGAAGCAGUGCCUGGCCAUUGCUCGGGCCCUGGUGCGGAAUCCCUGUGUCCUCAUCCUGGAUGAGGCCACCAGUGCCCUGGAUAUGGAGUUUGAGCAGGCGCUUCAGAAGUGUAUGUUUCAGGGGGGUCGGGCAGUGCUGAUGAUCACACACCGCCUGCAGACUGUACAGGCUGCUGACCAGAUCCUAGUGCUGGAACAGGGGAAGCUUGUGGAGCAGGGGACCCAUGCUCAGCUCCUCGCCCAGAGAGGCCUUUAUUACCACCUGGUACAUCAGUAGCUGGAAUCCAUGGAGGAAGGAGGGAACUUUUGACAUGAGGUUUGGGGUUUGGAUCAGGGCCUGGGGGAUUCAGGGCAAACCUUGCUCUGGGCCACCCCUCCCACUCCCAAGACUGGGCUUCUAUACAAUAGCUGCUAUAUUUGUGGAGAUAAUGGGAUGUUGGACAAGAGGUACCCACAGGGGUGUCCCUUCCCAGAUUCUAUGUUCUUAACCUGCUUUCUUUCAAGAAUCCUGCAUGGUCUUGUGUAUGGACAUGCCAGUCAAUAAAUAAUUUUGUCUUA